AUGGUUAAGGUGGCUGUUGAGAAGUCGAAGCGCAAGAGCUUAACGCUGAUGCAAAAAAUGGAAAUUAUUAAAAAAUUGGAGAAUAAUACUGGAACCAAAAUAGCAAUUGCGAAAGACUAUGGAGUAAACCGUGCAACCAUUCGAAAGAUUGAGCUUCAAAAAGGCAAGCUAGUGCAAGCGUCAUCCAGUCGUGGGUUCAAAAGUUCUAAAGUGAAGUACGCUACUCUCGGUAAAUAUCACCUGUUAGAGCAUGCCUUAUUUUAUUGGUUUAUUCAAAUGCGUGAUAAACAUCAAAUCAUUACAAACAAUUUGAUUCGUGCAAAGGCCAGGGUUUUCGCAAAGGAGUUUAAUAUUCCUGCAGAUUUUAAAUUCAGUGAGACAUGGAUGCGAAACUUUAAGACUCGUUUUGGCAUUCGGCGCCUGAAGGUUUCAGGGGAGAAGUUGUCUAGUGAUGCUGCCAGCGUGGAACCAUUCAAACUGAAUUUCUUGUCUUACUUGCAAGAGCGAAAUUUGACCGCGCAACAGGUUUAUAAUGGCGAUGAAUCAUCUCUUUUUUAUAAGGCUCUCCUCGGGUACACUCUGGUUCACGCUAAAGAAACUACUGCUCCAGGGCUAAAGAUGGCAAAAGAUCGAAUAACUUUUAUGCCAUGCGCAAAUGCUACAGGUACUCAUAAAUUACGGAUGUUAGUUAUUGGAAAAUCUAAAAACCCAAGGGCUUUCAAAAAUGUUCAAAUUCCUGUAGAUUAUGCCUCAUCGAAAAAUGCUUGGAUGACGCGCGAAAUAUUUCAGAAGUGGUUUCACGAGUCUUUCGUACCAAAUGUACGAGAUUUUUCCAAUAGAGCGGGAAUUGAAACAAUGGCCGUUCUCCUUCUUGACAAUUGUACGGCACAUCAUUUUCAACACGAGCUGAUUUCGGAUGACGGUUUGAUUGAGGUAAAGUUUUUGCCACCAAACGUGACUCCGUUGUUACAGCCCAUGGACCAGCAGGUCAUUCAAAUUAUUAAGACAAACUACCGCGACAAAUUACACCUUGAAAUCGCUAAUGAGCCUGACUUCGAACAACGUAUUAAAAAAAUCAACCUUAAGGACGUUUCUUUUUGGCUGCAUGAAGCAUGGAUGGAUGUCUCCGAAACAGUGAUUCAACGAUCUUGGAAAAAUAUAGGCUGGAUAGUUGGAACGAACCUGCUGCACGAAGACAGCGUCCCUUUGCACGCUGAAAUUUUCGCUCUGGUAUUCAAUAAGGACGACAAAAGCUCCGGCGACACAGAUGAAGAAGGAAAUGACGUGAAUGCCGUGGCUGAACACGAUGAAGAAGAUUUAAUUUUGAAGAGCAUCGUACCUCCAGAUCCAUCAUUGACCCGAACGCAGCAAGUCGCACAAGAACUGGCCCGAGUGAUCGAAUGGGCUGAGGACAAACAUUUGGAGAUAGCCGAUAUUCUCCACCUCCGGAAAAUUCGCAGUGUUGCGCUGCAGUUGUGCUUAAAUGAAUAA